CACAAAACCCAGGUGCACUCACUGCAGUAAAAAUGAGCCUCAGCACCAAGGCUGCUGGAAAAGCCAAGAUGUGACAAGGAGGAAGGCCUUCGGGUUUAUGACCCGCGUUGCCCUGCAAGCAGAGAAGAUGAAUCACCACCCAGAGUGGUCCAAUGUCUACAGCAAGGUGCAGAUCACUCUGACAUCCCACGACUGCGGCGGCCUGACCAGGAGGGACGUGCGGCUGGCUCGCUUCAUCGACACAGCUGCUGCCUCGCCGUAGCCAGGCUGGGCAGCACUGCCACCCCUGGCCCUGUACCCUGCCUUCACAAAGCCUCAUUGCUUGUACCCCUGGCUUCACACCCCCUGAGACAUGGUACUUUGUAAGAGGGUGGCUUGGCUUUGCUGGCCUCUCAAACCGUCAUCUUGAGACCCCUCCUGCCCCUGCUUGUCCCUUCCGGCCCCUGCAGGAGGAUGUGGCAGGUAAAGCAGCCACAAACCAGUCCUGAACGAUCCUUUUCCAGUAACUAAAGCAAGCUGGAAUGACAGUGGAAGCCCACCCACACCUGCUGGUGCUCCCCAAGCCCACAGGCCUGGUGGCAGCUGACCCAGGAGGUUUGUUUGUCUCUGCACUUCAGUGUUAGAGCAGCCAGGCUGGGUCAGUGCCCUCUGAGCUGGCUCCUGCAGUGCUGGAAACUUCAGCUCUGCUCCAGCUAAUGCACAAUCACCAUGGAACCAUGGAAUGCAUUGGGUUGGAAGGGACCUUUCAAGCUCAUCUGUCCACCCCCCCUGCAGCAAGCAGGGACAACCCCAAUCAGAUAAGUUGCUCAAACCCCCUCAGGCCUGACCUGGAAUGUCUCCAGGGAUGGGGUCUCCAUCAUCUCCCUGGGAAGCCUGUUCCAGUGUUCCACCACUCUCAUGGUUGAGAACUUCCUGCUGUCCCAUCUGGAUCUGCCCUGCUUUAGUUCACAGCUGUCGUGCUGCAGCCCUUGUAAGCAGCCUCCCCCAGUGCCUUCUCCUUCAGGUACCAGAAGGCUGCUGUGAGGUCUCCCCAGAGCCUCCUCAACCCCAGCUGAAUCCCAGUUUGCUCCCAGCACUCACAUCAUCAAAGCAAGCUGUGCCGAUGCGCUGGGCAGGGCCAGGUCAGUGCUCAGCACCAUGCAGGAUCGAGCCAUGACUUGUGUUUCACCACCCUGGUACCUGCUGAUCGGGGUGAGGGUGGCUUGGCUGGGAGCCCAGAGCUGCUGCUGGUGGAGGCAGCAGCACUAGCAGGGUUCUUGCUAGGCUGGGCUCAGCUGCAGCUAUGCUCACCCUUCCUUCUGGUUUGCUAGCUGCAGUUACUCGUUGCAAGCAUUGUUCCAAGGGCUGCAGAUCCCACUCAGGACGUUUAGAGGCUGCCCUGCUUUCAUAGUCUCUGGUUUUUGUGCUCCUCCCCGACACAGAUUUCCACUGCCAGCAGGGAGCUUUC